AUGGGUCAUGAUGUCCCGAGCCCUAAAAAGGCGAGAAGUUUGCUAAUAUCCCCCUACGGGGAUAUUGGCAAAUUUUCUUCGUAUUGGAAUUUUCGGGUUUUAUGUGGUACCUCUCAAAAGGGGGAGAAGUCCUCGCCGCUGCUGGGUGAGAAGGCUGCCCCUAACGUGAGCGUACCCGUAGAACCCUUUUUCUCCACCAUUCUGUCUUGUGUGAGAUCAUCGAGUGGAACCAAAGUCUGGGUCUGCCGAUCGAUCUCACAUACGGGUGGAGAGAGGGCUGAUACCGCUAUUAACGUCGGCUUAUCUGUCAGUCGCGUUGGGUCUGCCGCUCAGUUGAAAAUUAUGAAACAAGUCUGCGGUAGUUCAAAACUGGAAUUGGCACAAUAUCGCGAAGUGGCCGCCCUUGCUCAAUUUGGGUCAGACCUUGAUGCUGCGACUCAGGCAUUACUCAAUAGAGGUGCAAGGCUUACAGAAGUACCGAAACAACCACAAUAUGCACCACUUCCAAUUGAAAAACAAAUUCUAGUCAUUUAUGCGGCUGUCAAUGGAUUCUGUGAUCGAAUGCCACUAGACAGAAUCUCUCAAUAUGAGAGAGCCAUUCCAAAUAGUGUAAAACCAGAAUUACUACAAUCCCUUUUAGAAAAAGGUGGGUUAACUAACGAAAGAAAGAUGGAACCAGAUGCAUUUUUAAAAGAAAGCGCUUUAAUAUGA